AAGCGAAGUGGUUGGAUACGACCGAGACGAAGGAAGGAGGGGAUAUUGAGAAGGAAAGCCACGAGCUUCGGAAAGACCAUCUGCUACGGCAUCGAAUACCCCCCACUAUUGCCCAUCAUGUCUUCUCUUCUCGAAAAGCAGAAGGCAAUGUUCAGCAGCUCGCUGGCCUCGGCCGCGAGCAAGCUGCAAUCCAAGAGCACGUCUCUCGCGCCGCCAUCACCCUCCCCGUCCGUCAGCAGCAUGGCGUCAGCAUCCAAGAACGACACCACGGCAUCGGGCAAGCGAAAGCGCGACCCCAACGCAAUUGUGUACUCGCAACCUCAGAACACUAGUUUUGGUCAAGAGGUCUUUACGCAGAUGCAGUAUGCGCUGGAGUGGCUCAAGGGCAAGGACGAGCCCAAGACGGCGACCGAGAUCUUUGACCACCUGGGCCAGACCCGCAGCACCGACAAGCACAAGCAGCAGCUGGUGGAGGGCAUGCGGCGGCACCCGCGCAUCCAGUGGGUGCCCGAUCCGAAAAUGUCGGAGCAGACGUGGCGGACGGGCACGUACGUCCACAGGCCCAUCAUCCCCGGCGUCAGGGACAAGAUGACGCUCCUGCGGCACCUACAGAGCAAGCGGGACGCCGAGGGUACCAACGUAAAGGACCUCAAGGACGGGUGGCCCGACUGCGACCAGGCGCUGAUGGAGCUGGAACGCGAGCACAAGAUCCUGAUUGUCAAGACCAAGAAGGAGCAGCACCCGCGCGCCAUCUGGCUCGACGACGCGACGCUGCACCACCACGUCGACGACGAGUUCAAGCGCAUGUGGAAUGUUGUCGAGGUCCCUUCCACCGACGACAUUGUCAAGAAGCUUGUUUCCGUGGGCCAGAAGCCGGCCAGCGCCGACCCCAGCACAAUCAAAAAGGUCGACUCCAAGAAGCAGCAGAAGAAGCGGGCUGUUAGGCGCACCGGCAAGACGACCAACACGCACAUGGAGCAUCUGCUCAAGGAUUACAGCCACAUGGUGAAGCGGUAGAUAUGGGCUGUCCAGUGUUUAUAUACAGGGAAAUGCAUUUUCGAAAUGGCGUUUUGGGUUUGGACGGCGGAGAGAGACGACGAACGGACGGACAUACUUCAUUUGGCAAAGACCUGGGACCGGUAUUGCUGUCCUUUUUUCGUGUCUAGUUCUUUUUCCCUUAUAGACGGAUGGGCAGGUUCACAGUGGGUCUUUGUGCCGUAGUUGAUGCAAAGAACAAGCAUUUCACUUAUGCGGGAGGCAGAGAACUAAGAAGGUUACACCCCAAAACGA